UCUCACACACACUGUCCUCGGAAAAGGUCUCUCUCGCAUACUGUAUGCAACGGAACGAUUAUACGCGCAAGUCGGUUGGAUCUCUAAACUCAGGUGGAUGCAGAUCCCGUGCACAGGUGGCGCUGACCCCCUGCAUUGGUGCUUCGACCCCGAGCGGCGUCGUGUGUCGCUUGCGAACGACCGUACCCCCACUCCGUCGCCUUCACCCUCACACCCACCCGGAGCCAUGGGCCGACCCAAUCGCUUCAAGACCACCGUGACCGGCUCUAAAUCCACUUUUGCCAACCGACACGUGGCGAGCGGACCGGUGGGGGUCAGGUGCAGCAACAAUAGCAGUAGCGGGGGGAAGGUGGAGGGGUCCGAGCGUGGAGAAAGGGCAUCGCUGGCCAGUGGGAGCCCGGGAAAGGUGCUCGUGACAGGUGGAGGGGGAUACUUUGGCUUCAAGCUGGGAAGAGAACUCGCGAGCAGGGGGAUGAAAGUCAUCCUGCUGGAUAUACAAACGCCCCAAGCGGAUCUUCCGGAUGGAGCAGUGUUUUAUGAGGGAGACAUCCGGGACUAUGGAUCGCUCUUCAGGGCGUGUGAAGGAGUGGAGUGUGUCUUCCACACAGCCUCCUGCGGCAUGUCUGGUCCAGAACAGCUGAGGAAGGAACUCGUUGAAUCCAUCAACGUCAGCGGUACAAACAACAUCAUCAAUGUUUGCAAGGAGCGAGGCAUCUCUCGGCUGGUGUACACGAGCACCAUCAACGUGGCCUUCACGGGCCAGCCGAUCGAGGACGGGGACGAGGAGUCCCAGCCCUGCGUCCCACUGAACAUGUAUUUAGACCACUACUCAAGAACCAAAUCUAUUGCAGACCAGAUGGUCCGUGAGGCCAACGGAUGCGGGCUAAAAGGUGGCGGUCGCUUGAGAAGUUGCGCCUUGCGUUCCUCUGGCAUCUAUGGGCCCGGAGAGAGGAGACAUUUCCACAGAAUGAUGGAGAACCUGAGGCGUGGGUUGAUAGGCUUCCAGUUCGGUGAGGCCCGGGCUAAAAUGAACUGGGUGCAUGUUGACAACCUGGUGAUGGCGCACGUGCUGGCGGCUGAGGCUCUCACAGCCCAGAAACAUGGCAUAGCUAGUGGCCAGGCCUAUUUUAUUAACGACGGCGUGUCAGUCAAUGUGUUUGAGUGGCUUAAUCCAUUGUAUAAAAUGUUUGGUCACAGAAGACCAAUGGUACACCUGCCAGUUUCACUGGUCUAUUGGAUAGCCACCAUUCUGGAAUACCUUCAUCUAGCCCUGAGACCAAUCGCUGAAACCCCGCUUCUCUUCACAAGAAAUGAGGUGAGGAAUGUCGCUGUGAGCCACACCUUCAAGAUCGACAAGGCCCGCAGAGAGCUGGGCUUCUGCCCCAAGCAACACGACCUGGGGGAGUCCGUGGAGCACUACGUCAAGACCCAGACGCUGACCUCCGACCCCUGGGACCUCAGCCUCCGCUGGAAGUUCCCCGCCUCAUCUCACACCUUCGUCCUCCUCCUCUUCAUGCUGGGUCUCAGCUUGGUGCUGAUUCUGAUGUAGUGAUGACAAUCACAGACCACCAAACGAUCAAUAACACAUGUUCAAUGGCCAACGUCUCUCUAUAGAGGAAACAUGGCAUCUGUGUAAUCCAUUUGAAUUUAAAAUGCCGAAUUAGGGGAUUCAUUACAUUUGGAGUUGUGGAGAGGAGGGAUCCAUUAUUUAGUGUCCAUUUAUUUCAGGGAGUAGGUAGAAGGACUUGAAGUCGGUGGCAGUACGUUGACUUCAUCUUUUGGAAUGAUGAGCUGCAUUUUGUGAUUUGUUGUGAUCAGAUUGGGCACAUGCAUCUCAAAAUCAUGGCUUUUGUUGUUAUUGAUGCAUGUAUCAAUAUGAUUGAAACCAUUUAGAAAUCGAUAUGGAUUUGCUUGAAUUUGAAUAUUUUUGCAAACUAAAUGUGAAAAUGCUAUGCCGAUAACAGUAAUCAAAUGUUAAUAUCAAUAAACAUGUUAAUUUGAA